AGAAGAAUUCAGAGAAUGAGGAUUGCAGAAAUAGUAGAUAAAGCAGACAGGCAGAGGGACCCAGCAGAGACCAGCAAAGGCUGUAAGUCAUCACAUUCCAUGGAAACAUCCAGAUGAAACCAGAUGAAAAAGCCCUUUGACAAUAUUCCUAAACAACCACUUGGACUACUGAACUCAGAAACACAGCAAGGUAUGAUGGCAGGCCUGCUGAAGAUCUAGGAGGCGUAAGGAAUCCUCCCAAAGUCCUUCCCCAACACAAAAGGAACUAGGAAGGUUUGUUAAAACAAGUUAACUAGGAAGAAACUCACUACUUGGAAGCAUUCAGCCUCCUAUCCUGGAGGAAGGCUCAUCUCUCCAUUUGUUUAUCUUUAGGUAAAUAGAACCACAUACCUUUUCUGGAAGCUAUGCCUUCAGAUAAAGGCAGAUGAAUAGCUGCUAGAGAUAUUUUACACUUUCACAGGCUAAGAAAGACUCCUCUCACCUAAAUAUCUGAAUAAGAAUGUAGUUGAUGCUCUUCUGAAUUCAAAGUGAGAAACUGGAGUUUUCACUUCAUGAUAGUAUCUGAAAACUAGGAACCAAAAAGAAAAAGGUUGAAUGGAAAAUUUCUGGAAGAAAAAAGGAGAAACAAAGUCCAGAUUCAUGGUUAUCAAAGUACAGUUUUGCCACCAAAAGAGAUUAUAUUUGAAACAUGUCUCAGAGUGACUUCCUCUACCCAGAGAAUCCACGGAGAAGGCAGGAAGUAAACCGACUUCACCAGCAGCUUCUUGACUGUUUAUCUGAUAGCUUCCAUGCUACUAAUAAGCUGAUUGAGGUCUUAAACUUGCACUUGGGGUGCAAGUUGGCCUCCAUCGAGAUGAAAAGAGAUGGGACCAUCAAAGAAAACUGUGAUAUCAUCAUCCAAGCCAUGAUGAAAAUCCAAACAGAACUACAAAAGGUUGAUGAAGCACUAAAAGAUAAGCUAGAGCCAACCCUCUACAGAAAACUUCAGGAUAUUAAAGAAAGGGAAACAGAGAAAAUUGCAAUAGUACAAAAGGUCAUUUCAGUCAUCCUGGGAGAAGCUACUUCCACAGCCAGUGCAGUAGCUGUUAAACUUGUGGGCUCAAACAUCACAACUGGCAUCAUUAACAAGCUGGUCACUGUGUUAGCUCAAAUUGGUGCUUCUCUCCUUGGUAGUAUAGGAGUUGCCGUUCUUGGCCUUGGCAUAGAUAUGAUCUUCCGUGCCAUCCUGGGAGCAGUGGAGAAAACGCAGCUUGAAGCAGCCAUUAAAAGUUAUGAGAAGCAUCUGGUGGAAUUCAAGUCAGCUUCAGAAAAGUAUCAUCAUGCCAUUACUGAGGUCACCAACACAGUGAAACACCAAAUGAAAUGAACAGCCACGGUGCCACUGGAAUACUUUUCUAUGUCUCUAUAAUAGUGUUUUGCUUCUUGGAUUAGGUUCAUUUUCUGCUAAGUUUCCAACAUGGACAGAAAUAUAGUUAAUAAGUUGGCAAGGUGGUUUAAGAGAUGCUAAAACUAGAGGACUCCACAGAGUUUUUUAUCAGUUGGGUCUAGACCCUGUGAGGCAAAAGAUAUAUCCCAGGAUACCUUCUUACUCUGCUCUACCAGAUCAACAUUACAUUAAAUGCUAUUGUAGAAGAGCAAGUCUAGGGGUUACUUCUUCCUUUUCUUUUCCCCCAAAUUCUUAAAAUUUACUCUGAAUAAAGAAUCUUUCAUUCCUACCACUAGCUUCAGACAUCAUUUAGUUCUAAGGGGAUGUACUUGGUAACUUCUGCCUAGACACAAACUGUGGACCUUUGAAUGAAAUGGAAAUACUACCAUAAUUUUGACCUUGAGCUUAAGCUCAAUUUUCAAUAAACUAGAAGAGACUGAAGUAUGGGUUGUAACAGUUUAUUUUAAUGAUCAAAGGACGCAAGGGUUCUGUAACUUCCACUGAUUACAUCCUAUAAAUGCAAAUGGAUUUUUAAAAGAUAAAAGUUAAGGGGGGCCUUGGUG